CUGAGACGCUUGUGCACGCGCAAUCUGUCAUUUAUAGAAACAGCAGCCAUGGCAUUCAUCACGCGCCAGUACAUCAGGAGCCUCUCAUCUUCUGCAGCACUACAUGCAAUUAAACAUGUCACAGUUAUCGGAGGAGGACUGAUGGGUGCUGGCAUUGCACAGGUUGCUGCAUCCACAGGACAUUCAGUGGUGUUAGUGGACACAUCUGAGGACAUACUGAAGAAGUCUGCAAAGAGCAUUGAGGCUAGUCUGAAAAGAGUGGCGAAAAAGAAGUUUGCAGAAAAACCUGAGGAUGGAGAAGCAUUCGUUCAGAAAGUCCUGAAGAAUAUCUCUACAAGCUCAGAUGCUGCGUCUGUAGUUCAGGGCACUGAUCUUGUGGUGGAGGCUAUUGUGGAAAACCUCAAAGUCAAACAAGAUCUGUUUGGAGCUCUGGACAAAGUGGCCCCUGAACACACCAUCUUCGCGAGCAACACAUCGUCCCUGCAGAUCACGGACAUCGCCAGCUCCACGGCAAGAUUAGACCGCUUUGGCGGACUGCAUUUCUUCAACCCCGUCCCAAUGAUGAAGCUGGUGGAGGUGAUUAAAGCUCCAGCUACAAGCCAACAGACGUUUGACGCUCUCCUUGAGUUCAGUAAAGCUUUGGGGAAGCAUCCAGUCUCGUGCAAAGACACUCCAGGGUUUAUAGUGAAUCGUCUGCUGGUUCCUUACAUGCUGGAGGCCGUUCGACUACACGAGAGAGGUCACGGUUCCAAGGAAGACAUCGAUGUGGCGAUGAAGCUUGGGGCUGGUUAUCCUAUGGGGCCGUUUGAGCUUCUGGACUAUGUUGGAUUGGACACUUCAAAGUUUAUUAUUGACGGUUGGCAUGCGAUGGACCCUGAUAACCCCCUGUUUGAUACCAGUCCCCUGCUUAACAAACUGGUGUCAGAGGGCAAGUUAGGCAAGAAAACUGGUGAGGGAUUCUACAAAUACAAGUAACAUGUGAAGAUUACCUGCCUUUUACCUUAUAAACAGACAACAAAUGACCCGUCAAUAAAAUGCACUGGACUAAGUGUGGAUCAGUAGCACCAGUUUUCCCAGGGAAGUCCUGUAUGAAAUUCUGGACCAGAUAAAUCGUUUUAUAAGACAGCAAUGUCUUCCUCUACAUCUAGUGCCUUGCUAUGAUUCUAUGAACUUUUGAAUGUGUCGAAUUAAAAGAUUUAAAAAAAAAAA